AUGGAAGCCAACAGUAUUUCAACAGAAUCGUGUGCAGGGGAUAUGACUGAACCGGAGCUAGCUGUUGUGCGAAUGCGGUCCCUGGAUGAAUCGCAAUCGCCGAGCAUUCGGUCGGAUGGAUCCGGAUGUCGAAAGUCAUCGCUGUACGUGUACGGGGACGGCCAGUUCAACAUAACGCUCAAACACUACGACAGUAUUGUAAGCGAAGUCAAGUGUCCGGGAUGUGCGGAACCGAUGGACGGACCCAUCACUAUGUGUGCCACUGGCCACAGUAUCUGCAGUGUGUGUCGUGCCAAGCGGGGCUCAUGCCCACUGUGCGGUGAUCGAGUGACGGAGCUGCGUAACUACACCCUCGAAGCCAUCGUUUCGAAAGUACAGUUUCCAUGCAAAAACGCAGCCAAGGGCUGUGCGGUACGUCUGCCGUUGCAGUUAUUGCGCUGGCAUAAGGAACGGUGCGGUUACAAGCUGAUCGAGUGCUUCAUGGGUAAGGUUUGGGGUGCGUGCGGAUGGCAUGGCUGCGAGCGAGAUUGGAUGAGCCACUGUCUGGCGGCACACGCCGAUCACGUGUAUCAAGAACCGACGGUGGAUCUGCGCUGGGAGUUUGGAGCGGAAGCUAACCAGCGCGCCUCCGAAUUGCAGCUGGUCGUAGCUUACCACGUGUUGCGUGCCUACGGUGAAGCGUUCAACCUGUACCAGGUGUACGAUCAGGACAGCAGAACCGUACUGUGGACAGUUAUCUGUGCUACCAAGGAGUCGAAAGUUAGUGCGCGGUUUGCCUUCGAGUUAGAGCUGUACUCGCCUGUCGAUAGCUGGAAGCUGUUGGUCCAGCGCUUCCCUUGCCAUUCGGAGCUUGAUCCUGACUUUCUGAAGGAUGGCCACUGUUCAAAGAUCCCACUGGCUGACGUCCUGCGUUUCAUGACGGAAGACAAGGUUUUACACUACCGCGUACGGGUGCUCGAAGUUGGUCCGUCGCGUAGUCAGAGUUUGAUGAAGUUGAGCAACGGUACGGGAAGCACCGUGUCCACAUCACACCUACCAACCAACUACUGCUGCAAGCACAUCGAAAAUGUCAACCUCAAGGCUGUCCCGGAAGGGAAUAUCAUCUGUCGAAAGGAACCUACUAUCAACACCGAUUCGCUAUCAGCCCAGGAUGAUGAUGACGUUUUUCUACCUUACGUGGAUGCUGAAGAGGACGGACACAACACACCGCGAGCCUCAGUUCGACAACUUGAUGCGCAGAAUUCACCAAAUCGAUCAACCAGUUUGAGGUUGGCGACUUCGGUUCCAAUGUUAGCUCAGCCGGUCCAUCUGGAUGAUACCGAACCGCCGCAGGAGGUAGAAUUGCAACCGAUUCAACAACUGGUGCGUGUGAAGGUUGCCGAACGAGAGCAACCUGUCAAGUUGCAUGUCCGGAAGCCGAAUGCAACCAAGACGAGCGGUGGCAUGGAGCGAGGAUCCUCCAACGAGAGCCUCGCCACCAAGUCUUCCAAGGGCACAGGAUUGUCCAAGUUUUACAACGUCACCAUGUACAAGGCAGCUAAAUUUCUUGACAAGAAAGGCAUCAAGUAG